CGAAGGAGAGCGAGAGGGAAGGGGCCGGGACGCUCCCCGGAGGGAGGCGGCCGGCAGCCCCGCGCCCACCCUGGGCCGGCGCGAACAGCUUGUUCAGAGAAAGCUGCAGGGAAGAAUGCCCCAGGAGGGAGAGGCAGCCCCUCAGAGCUCCAGAUUCCAGGAUCGUGGAUGGGCAUGGAUGGUCUUAGUAGCCACGGUGCUGGCUCACGCCCUGACCCUGGGCUUUCCUGCCUGUGUUGGGGUCUUUUUCAAGGAUCUGCAGCAUGAUUUCCAAGCCAGCAACAGCGAGACAUCAUGGUUCCCCUCCAUCAUGACGGCUGUGCUACACGCAGGUGGACCGCUUUGCAGCAUUUUGGUGGAGCGAUUUGGCUGCAGGACCACUGUGAUGCUGGGAGGUCUUCUCAGUGGGGUGGGCAUGGUUGCCAGUUCUUUCUCCAAAUCUAUUAGCCAGCUUUAUAUAACAGCUGGAUUCAUCACUGGUUUGGGAUCGUGCUUUAGCUUCCAGGCAAGUGUGACAGUGCUUGGCUACUACUUCUCCCACCGGCGAACCCUGGCCAAUGCUUUGGCUUCCUCGGGCGUCUCCAUUGGCCUCACGCUGUGGCCACUGAUCUCCCAGUACUUGCUUGACGAGAUGGGCUGGAGAAACACCUUCCUCAUCUUUGGGGGCAUGCUGCUGAACUGCUGCGUGUGUGGGGCUGUGAUGAGACCGGUCCCCACCAAGCCGCCUGCCCCAUCGCUGAGCUGCUGCCAGGGGCAGUCAGUGGAAGGGGCGCAUUUGUCCAAUGGCCACAGUGCACAUCACAAGGAGCUGCUACGUCAGUCCAGAUUUGCCGCUUGCUUCCAGACCCUGCAGAAGUACCUGGCAUUUGACAUCUUCUUCAAGAACAAAGGCUACCAGAUCUACACCAUUGGAGUAGCCUGGAUGGUGAUGGGGUUUGUGCUGCCCCUCAUCUAUCUGGUGCCCUAUGCUAUUCUGAAUGGUGUCGAGGAGCGCAAGGCGGCACUCCUCAUCUCCACCAUUGGGUUCAUCAACAUAUUCAUGCGCCCCAUGGCCGGCCUGCUGUCGGGCCUCAGCAUCUUCACUGGCCGGCGGAUCUACCUCUUCAGCACAGCUGUCUUGCUCAAUGGCCUGAGCAACCUCAUCUGUGCCAUCUCAGCGGGGUACAAUAUUCUUGUCCUCUACUGCUUGGUCUAUAGUGUUUCCAUGAGCAUCAUUGGUGCACUUAUCUUCCAGGUAUUAAUGGAUGUGGUAGAAAUGGACAGGUUCUCCAGUGCCUUGGGUCUCUUCACCAUCUUGGAGAGCAUCACUAUUCUCAUUGGACCCCCUCUUGCAGGUUUUCUCGUGGAUAUCACAGGCCACUUUAGUUACGUGUUCUACGCUUCCAGCUUCUUCAUGGUAUCCGCAGCUCUCUUCAUGGGUCUUGGCUUCUGCACCAUGGAGGCAAAGAACAAAUUAACGGAAACUCAAAAGCCACCCCCUGAGGACCCGUCGAGGGGCAAAUACAGUGAAGUGCCAGCUGAGGCGGGGCCCGACAAAAACGGCCCUCCCGAAGUCAUCUAUGUCACCAGCAUCUGAAUCCAGAAAAGCUGGAAGAAUGUUGCAUUCCUCACAACCCUAAGCGCCUGAAAGCAGAAGGAGAAUGUGCCUGCUUUCUUGGUGCCCACCUUUUUCUUGUUGUGACUUUCUACACAGCUUUGUUAAGCUUGGAGUCCUAGAUAAUGAUUCCAAAUCUGAGGAUAAGAGCUCAAGGACAUCCAGAAAUCCAAAGAGUACCUUAAGCAACUUGUACGUGAUGCAAACCCCAGGGAGACAGAAGAGGGCAUGGUCCUGUGACAAGAUCUGCAUUACUUGAAGCUCAAACAUUUCUAUUAUUAUCAGGUUUUCAUGAUAUAAUCCAGUGAAGAAGAAUGGAAGAACUUAUUCACUUAUUGGGCUAUAAAUUAUGUUAGCCCCCUGACAACCAUGCAAGUCCAGUAAGGGACAGUUAUAUAAGACUUAAAAACAUUUCUGGGCAGGGUGUUUUGCUAUAACUGAACACACUGUGAAGUCAGUUGGCUGACUUCCCUUCAAGCACAAAGAUACAGCUUUUUUAGGGUGCUUUACCACCGGGCGCUUUGAAUGUUACACAGAAUGUUGCAUUCGUGCUAUAUAACUGAAGGCCAGUUCUUAUAUGAAUAUAUCAAUUUUAGUAGUCCAAUCGGGUGGGUGUGGUUGUAUGUACUACUAGCCAAAGUGAGCCACAUCUGCAUUCAAAGAUAUUUCACAGGAUAACAAAGGCUCAAAUCUGAAGCUAUAGUCCACCAAAAACUAGGAUGGCUCCAAAGUGCCUAUAUAGUCUAGCCAAUAGUGUCUUAGAUCCCCUUUGCUCCCAUUUGAAAUUCAUGCUGCUGAAAAGAAAGGGCCAUUGCUGAACAAAACAGUCGGUCCUUUUGUUGUUUUUAGGAACAAUUCUUGAAGCACUGACUAGACCAUAGAAUAGUGCAAUGGAAACACAGAGGUAUGUUUGAUCUCAUCCAGUGCACCAUCUUGGCCAUUUUAGGUGCCUAUAGAGUCAGCCCAGGAGGAAUGUGUGAGCUAUACAAGCAUAGUAUAUGGGCAAACUGACCCUCUAUAGACAUAUGUGGGUGUAAAGAAGCAUUAAGGAUGAGAAAUGCUGUUCUUGCCUUCCUACCUGAAACAACAGGUCACAAGCAAAGCCGUCUCUGUGGGUCAAAAUCAAGACAGUUUUUAAUUGCAUUCAGAAAUACGUAGAGAAAAAAUAUAGUUUGGGAAAUAGAGCACUUCCUCUGGAAUAGUCUUCCGAAAGAGAUUGCUUCAUAUUGAUCCAUGGUAAGAUUAUCUCUGAAACUGACCCAGGAUUGUUACUGAGUUGACUGGAAAAAUUGCAGCUCAGUUUGCCAAAUCUUUUGCAUUUGAUCCACUGGGCCUAUGCAUAUCAAAUAGUAGUGUUUGAAUAGGAACACAGCUAUGCUUAAAUUCAGACUUACUGUGUUUACUUUUCCCAGUUCCAGCCCUUCAUUUCACAGUUUGUUCUUCUGGUUCUUGUAUCUCUGUAAACACUAACCUGAAGCGUUCUGAUUGAUACAGGCCUGAAGUGGUUUAAAAUAGCACGGAACAAUGACUAUGCAGUCUACCCUUUAAGAAGGUCAGUAGGAUUAGGAAUGAACAACUGAAGGAUUCUGACCUGCCACGUCUAUAUUAAUCCGUGUGCAUUUCAAGGACCAGACGGAGGGCAUGUUCAUGCAAGACUUGCCCCAGAUGUUUUGGUGUCUUGCAACCGAGUGGAAUGACUCCGCGAAGAACAAGUGACGCGGUCCAUUUCUGCCUAAGCCUCACUAAAAGGAGUGAGUUACACAAGGACAGAGCAGCACCAUGUCUCAAUGGCCCUUGGAGGGGAGACACACACCGUGCAUCAGAUUCCUCUGCCUUUCUGUUACCCUUAAGGGGCCCCAAAAUCCGUCUCCUGGAGCAUCCACUUCACUUAUCCUGCUGGUUAACAGGUGCUACAUGGAUGCACAGGAACAAUUAGUAGAAGAACAGGUGGGCAAGCCAUUCGUUUCUUGAGCUUUUCUACUUAGAGGAAAUUCUCCUUAGGCAGGGUGGCUUGAAAGCCAUUGCAUUCCAUCACCAUCAUCUGCAGUGACGGAGCAGUUAGAGGUCACAAACCAUCUUCCCACGAUGCCUUUGGGCGAGGACGUUGCACCACAUUCAGCCCGAGGGCCAAAUUUCACUUCAGAGGCAUUCUGAGGAAAGGGCAUAAAUCUGAGUGGUGGGAAGGGCUGCAGGCAAAAGGGGUGAGGCCAGAACACCAGCCAACUUUAGCUGAAAGCUCUUACUCCCGGUAGUAAUUAAGCCUUAGGAGAACCACAGCCUUUUAGAGUAGGGGAAAAUGGAACAAGCGCUAGGAAGCCAGCAAAUAAACGCUGGCCAGUUGGCAGGGAAAGGGAGCAUGGCCGCCUUGGGAAACUUGGAGAGCUGGAUUUGGUCCCCAGGUCUGAGGAUCUAGACCUUUAAUUUGGAGGAAGGAAGCAACAUGAAGCUAUGUAACACCUGCAGGUGGGGUUUGGGUGGUCUUUGUGUAUGACAAUACAAUGACUCCACAUGCUGCACUGAUCCCUAGUAACUACAUACCAAACAGAAGCCUCAGUUCAAUUUGUGCUUCAGGGCUUUGGGAGGUUUUCGGAAUGUAGCACAUGCACUUAUUAUAUGUAAAUAUAUAUGAAUGUUGUCAAUAUAAAGGAUAGGAAGGGCCCUACCAUGUUCAGGGUUGACAUGGAACAUGCAAAAGUAGAUUUUCAACCUAGCCCUGUACAUGUUUUAAGGGCUUUUCCAAUGGGUUAGAGAACAUCAUGAAAGAUACUGGUAACAAUAACACUUACCUAUGAGAGUUACUUGGGACAUUUAAGUCUAGAAGCUCCAUACACCUGGCUACCAGAUCUUGGAAAUAAGAUAGUAAGUUUGUAAUCCUGUUAUUAGUGAAAGUGGCCUGGCUUCCCCUCUCCUAUUUAUCUCUUGUGGGUCAGCAGCUUUCACCAAACAUCUCUAAAUAGCUUGUGCUUCUUUCACAAGCAAAGCACAGCAAGCCAGACACAUACUGAACGUUUUCAUUCUGCUUCCUCUGUACCUGAGUGAGACCAGAAAUGGACUGCCUGCUAGAAGAUAUGCAAGGUAUUCAGCACAAAAAAUUGUGAAGGAAAACUUCACAUUACUAACAAAUGUGCAGAUUGCCAGUAGCUCAGCAUCAAUUAAUUUCCCAUACUGCUGUAAUGAUGUUUAUAUAGGACACUGAAUGAGGCCCUUCUUUUUAAGAAGCCAUGAACUAUUUUACCAAGCACCACAAAAUUGGCAUUGAUGUAGGCCACUACCUAAAAGCAAUUUGCAGUGGCUUGGUUUCAGGAUUGUGGUUUAUUUGUUACAAGGUUGUUACAUCACUUGCUGGAAAGCAUUGUGUGUGGUGUACUAGAAAAAGUCAAAUGCACUUAGUAACUUUUGUAAGGUGAACAGCACAAAAGCAACUUGGCAAAGUUAAGGCUUUUGAACUGUAAUGCACACCAAUCUCUGUGCUUCUUUCAGGAUAAUUAUGUGUUUUGUUUUUGCUUUCAGAAUACACUGUUUCUGAGAAGGGACCAAAUUUUAGUGGG